AUGGAAAGUUAUGAAAGUGUAAUACUGGUGAAGAAUGAAGUAUUUGUAUUUAAAAUACCCCCCAGAACUUCGAAUAGAGGAUAUAGGGCAGCUGAUUGGAAUUUACAAGAGCCACAUUGGACGGGGCGUAUGAGGCUUGUGGCUAAGGGAGAAGAAUUAAUAAUGAAACUUGAAGACAAAACUUCUGGAGAGCUAUUUGCCAAGUGUCCCAUAGAUAAAUACCCUGGGUUGGCUCUCGAGUCUGUAACUGAUAGUUCACGUUACUUUGUUGUGAGAAUUCAAGAUGAUAAUGGCCGAACUGCAUAUAUAGGCUUAGGAUUUGGUGAUCGCUCAGAUUCUUUUGAUCUAAAUGUUGCUUUACAAGAUCAUUUUAAAUGGUUAAGAAAAGAACAAGAAGGUGAGGCAAAUCCUCAUCAGCAAUUAGACUUGGGAUUUAAGGAAGGAGAAACAAUAAAAAUUAACAUGAAGAUUACUAAGAAAGACGGAGGUGAAACAAGUAAAUCUCGCAGAGGAGCUGGUGGUGGCGCUGGUGGUGGGGGUUUGUUACCACCACCACCAGGAGGAUCUAGGCUACCUCCACCGCCCUCUCCACAACAUGCACCAUCUCCCUCUGUUGCUAAUGCUCCUGGGGCUGCUAACUCGGAAUGGGGAGACUUUAAUUCCGCCAGUGAUCCAAGUCAAAAACCAGUGACACCAGCCAACCAACAAAACUGGGUGCAGUUCUGA